AUAAGAACCUGAGACUCCAGGAGGCGGAGUGCCUGCCCUGGGGUCAGGGAAUUGUUAGUGAAUGGCCCGUGGAACCCGGGUCCACCUGACACCUAGGACCCUGGGAGAUCUCAGGCCAGACUCAGGUCAGAGCUGGCCUGGACCCGCAGGGACUUUGACCCCCAGGGGAGAAUUGGAUCUCAGCCCCACCAGGAACCGAGACAAUGGCCUCAAAGCCGGAGAAGAGGGUCGCCUCGUCUGUCUUUAUCACACUGGCCCCCCCGCGGCGAAACAUGGCCGUGGCCGAGGAAGUGAAGCGGGCAGCUUGUGAGGCCCGGCCUGGCCGUCCCUGGGAAGCCCCUGCUCCUGGGAAGGCACCCGGGGCUGGCUCAGCAGGGAGGCCCAGCCCCUGGACCCCCCCUGCCAGGGGGGCAGCCACCAGGCCAGCAGUAUCCCCUCAGCUCUCCAACGGAGGGUGUUCUCUCCCUCCUCCUCCCUUGGAUGGUGAGGACGCACUCCCCGACCUGGACCUCCUCCCUCCUCCACCGCCCUCCCCUGAUGAGCAGCUCCCUGCCUCGAUGGGAACAUCACUCAUUUCAGACUUAGAGCAGCUGCAUCUGCCCCCGCCCCCGCCCCCACCCCAGUCCCUGAUGGAGACGCCUCCGCCCCAGCCUCGGCCCGGUCUCGCCAGGCCUGUGGAGGACGAGCUGCCGCCUCCCCCAGAAGAAACAGUCGGCUUCCAUGAGAGGGAGGCGUCCACAGAUGUCUGUGCCUUCUGCCACAAGGCCGUGUCCCCCCGAGAGCUGGCUGUGGAAGCCAUGAAGAGGCAAUACCACGCCCGGUGCUUCACGUGCCGCACCUGCCGCCGCCAGCUGGCCGGGCAGAGCUUCUACCAGAAGGACGGGCGGCCCCUCUGCGAACCCUGCUACCAGGACACCCUGGAGAAGUGUGGCAAGUGUGGCGAGGUGGUCCGGGAGCACAUCAUCAGAGCCCUGGGCCGGGCCUUCCAUCCUGCCUGUUUCACGUGCGUCACCUGUGCCCGGUGCAUCGGGGACGAGAGCUUUGCCCUGGACAACCAGGAGGAAGUGUACUGCCUGGACGACUUCUAUAGGAAAUUUGCCCCUGUGUGCAGCAUCUGUGAGAACCCCAUCAUCCCUCGGGACGGGAAGGAUGCCUUCAAAAUCGAGUGCAUGGGGAGGAACUUCCAUGAAAACUGCUACAGGUGUGAGGACUGCAGGAUCCUCCUGUCCGUGGAGCCCACGGACCAAGGCUGCUACCCGCUGAACAACCGCCUCUUCUGCAAGCCGUGCCACGUGAAGCGGAGCGCCGCGGGGUGCUGCUGAGGGCACCCGCCGGGGCGGGGGGGGCCUCUCCUGACUCAGUUUGCCUUUCUGACCCACACUUGCAUACUUUCCUUCUGAGCCGGGCCAGGG